CGCAUACAUUGUUGGUCUCAACCUAUAUUCUUGUUGAGGUUUUACUUAUUUCUAAAUCAUCUAGCUUUCGAUGAGUCAAACUUUAAAAGUAGCUAAAUUUGCAAAAAGUGCCUAUACCUUAAAUCGAUUCCUCAAACUGGUUAUUUUUGCAAUUUUCAGUUUCUUCAAAUCCCUUGAACUUUGGAGCUCUUCUACAUUCCUGUGGGCGAUCAGGAAAGUUCCAGCAGUGUUACAGCAAGCUCGUAAAGCUAUUGCAAAUUUGGAUUUGCUCAAAGUUUUGCAAUCUGAAAUUAACCAUGAAGCUUCAGUUAAGCAGUUUCAGAAUGAUGAAAGUAGUAGCUUUGGCAAUUUUGUUGUAGACUGGUAUUCACCACAAUUUCAAGACGUAGUUCUACGCAGGAGAUGCGAGUCAGAGGAGGAAGUUGUUGUUUCUGCUUUUUUGGGUGCCGAGGGCUUUAAUGAAAAUGCCAAAUUUCCCAGGGACGCUUUCAUGAAAGUAGGUGUGAAGAAGCCUGGCUUGAGAUUCUUGCUACAGUUUGAUUGUGUGGUAACUGCUCAAGUUGGUGAUGGUUGUGAUGUUGAAAUUCAAAACAUGAACUACAUUCCAUCACUAUACCUUGAUUCUUCAGCCCAAAAAGGUCCCUGUAUCAGUUCAUCAGAUGAGAGACUUCGAGAUGAGCUCCACAAAUAUCUAGAAGCAAGAGGAGUCAGGAGCAAGGUCAAUACGUCGAGUGGUUGCACAAAUUGCAAGGUCUUGUAAUACCAAGUGAAUGACACGGACAACGCCCUAUGCAGGAUAGUAGUUGACUUGAUUCGAGUUCAUGACAUUAAGACACUGAUUGCUGGAGGGGGAGAAACAUCUGUUGGUUUACUUGCAAUAUUUGUUGGUUUCUGUAUGUUCUAUUUAUACGUAAACCCCUUCUCGUUUUACUGAAAUAGAGAUCUGAUUUAAACAGUCAGGUGCAACUUGCAUUAUAGAAUUAUAUCAAAAAAAUGGUUCAAGAAUUGUAAGUCGAGUGAACACUGAUUAUUUUGUUCAAAGAGUAAUUAGGGGAGCACUUGAUAUUUUGAAAUUACUUCUUUUACAAAUUUUAUCAUCUAGUGAUGUUA